CAAACAAACCACAUCAUCCCUGUCCUCAUACACCUAUUUUCAUCUACCAAACCAAAACAACAAGCACUAACGUCCUGCAUCAACCCAUGACGUUAGAGGAAGAGGGUGUGUCAAUACUCCUGCUCUGUUGCAUGCCAUAGAAGGAGCUCUCAGGUUGGUCCGCUAGCUCAUCCCCUCUGAUCCAGAGCCAUGUGGAAGCGUAAGAUCCAGUUGUCUGGCUUCCUGAUCUCUUCCCUGGGAUGGGUGUUUGUGCUCUGCACCAUGGCCAUGGACUACUGGAGGGUGUCCCAGGUAGGUGGCACUGGAGGCUCGUUCAUCAUCAAGGUGGCCUGGUUCUGGUCCAACCUGUGGAAAGAUUGUUUUACUGACUCCUCAGGUAUCAGCAACUGCAGAGACUUCCCUGUGCUCUGGUCUGUCACUGCAUAUGUCCAAGGUGUUAGAGGCUUGUUGAUGUGCGGACUCGGUCUUGGGUUCUUUGGAAUACUAUUUUGCUUUCUGGGGAUGGAGUGCACGUACCUUGGAGGAGAGGACCAAAUGAAAGAUAAAUUAUUGCUGGCAGGAUCAGUAUUUCACUUUGUUGGUGGUCUGGCAGACAUCGCUGGAUACUGCUUAUACAUAAACAGAAUCGCCAAGACAAACUUUUCUGGCAAUCAACCUAGAGGAACCUUGAUCUAUGAUCUCGGCGAACCUGUCUUUUUGGGACUGGUGGCUAGUUUCUUUAUCCUUUUGGGCGCCAUUCUUUAUGCUGUUACUGUUUACAGAAUACUCUUCCCUAAAAGCCCAGAAAAUGGAAAUGGCACACAAACAUACAUGGCCGCUCGCUCUAGGGGCCAAACCCUCUACAAUGGCACCUACAGACCAAGCAGACUGUACUCUAGACAGUACGGCUCCUACAAGGGCUCAGGACGUUCCAGCAGCUACCAGCUCUCCACCAUCUCAAAGACAAGCAUUGAAAAAAUGUCUGAGAGAGAUGCUUUUGUGUAGUGGUACACCUUUGACCUUGUUAGCUGUGAUUGUUACUUGUAACUUUUUUAGUCAUACUUGUUGUAAAUGUUCUGAAAGUGAUUGAUAAGCUUAUUGUGGAACUGUAUAUAUAUUUAGAAACUAUGACAUUGUACAUGUCGUACUUAAAAUUCAAUUUACGAUUGAAUUGUAAAUACAUAAAGAACAUUUUGAAUGGGUAUUGGCUUGAUUGAUUGUCAACAAUUUACACAUUUCUGCUCUGAAAGGUGUGACUAACUUACACAAUUUUCACUUUUGAAACAAGGAUACUUUUCUAUAGUUUCAAACAGUGAUAUCCAGGAUUUCCAAAUACCAAUAUCAACUUAAAUCUACUUUUGCGACCUUAACAUUA